AUGGCGUCCAGGUCCAUCACCGAGUCUGCAUCCUCGGCAACCAAGUCCGCCAGGGAAUCAACCAAAGCCGCUAUUGAGAACCCAUCGGCCACAGCAACCAGCUUUCUACGCCACCCGUACAUGCAAGCCGCCCUCCCCUUCAUCAACGGUGGUCUGGCCGGUAUGACUGCCACCGUCGUGAUCCAGCCCGUCGACAUGAUUAAGGUGCGCUUGCAAUUGGCUGGAGAGGGCCAAAAGACCGGUCCCAAACCCACCGCACUAGGCAUCACCAAAAACAUAAUUGCUUCUGGCAAAGUCCUCGAUCUGUACACCGGUCUCAGUGCCGGACUUCUCAGGCAAGCAGUUUACACUACUGCUCGGCUCGGAUUUUUUGAUACUUUCAUCACCAUUGCCAAGACCCGUGCUGCAGAACAGGGGCGGAGUGUCAGCUUCGGUGAACGAGCCCUGGCAGGCCUAACCGCUGGAGGAUUGGCUGCCAUGAUAGGCAAUCCCGCAGAUCUCGCUCUCAUCCAAUCGCGAGCCAAUUACCGUUCUGUGAUUGAUGCGCUUUCUCGGAUUUCGAAGACUGAAGGAAUCGGCGCAUUAUGGGCCGGUGCAACCCCAACCGUUGUCCGAGCUAUGGCCCUGAACUUGGGUCAGCUUGCUUUUUUCUCCGAGUCCAAAUCCCAGUUAAAGGCCCACACCAACUUGUCGCCUCAGGUCCAGACUUUUGCAGCUUCUGCUAUUGCUGGUUUCUUUGCCAGUUUCUUGUCCUUGCCAUUUGACUUUGUCAAGACUCGUCUGCAGAAACAGCAAAAGAACCCCGUGACUGGUGAACUUCCGUACAAGGGAGUUCUGGACUGUACCCGCAAGGUCAUCAAAGAUGAGGGCUGGCUCAGAUUCUACAGAGGUUUCGGAACCUACUAUAUCCGCAUUGCGCCUCAUGCGAUGGUGACUCUUAUCGUUGCGGAUUACCUUAAUCUGAUCACCAAGUAA